CUGCCGAUUUAUUAAAUUUUUACGUUUUUAUAAUGGCUUGGUACGACAGCAGUGAGAGCGCUCAGAACUGUAAACAAUAUGUUCUUUCUUCGGAGUACGAUGAUUGUGUUGAAGACGACACGUGCAUGAGGACUAACUCUAUGUAUCUGGAAUGCUGCGUCAAGCACAGAUACUGCCGAUGGUAUGGAAACACCGGCUUUUUCAUCCUCAUGCUCUUUGUCGUCAUUAUUUGUAUAAUUGUAUCCGUCGCUGCAAGUGUCGUUUGUUGCUGUACGAGUUGGCGUACCGGAGUCGGACAAGACGAUCCGGAUCGUGAGCAUUUUGAAGACAUCUGCGAGGAGAACACUGUUUCCCAUGAGGCUACAAAACGCUCCAAAAUUGCUUGAUCUAUGCAAUUUAGGCAUGCGACUUGAAAAUCGAAAAAGAUAAUGUUUUUUUAAUGAAUAAAACCUUUAUUGUGUGUUCGUCGGUUUUUUUUAACCCUUUUAGUGUCAGCUAUAUAUUAUGCUUCAAGUUUGUUGAAAAAAAAACGUGUUCUGAAA